AUGUGGGCGUUUUGUAUGAUUUUGGUUCUGGCUCAUUGCCAGCUACAAGGCGGUGAAGGAGCAGAGGCUGUAUCUGGUAUUGGUGUCAAUUGGGGUGCAAUAGCAUCUCAUCCUAUGGAUCCUCCCAUUGUGGUGAAUUUGCUAAAGGACAAUGGAAUUAAAAAGGUAAAGCUUUUUGAUGCAGAUUCUUGGACUGUGAGUGCUUUUUCUGGCACAGACAUUGAAGUCAUGGUUGGAAUUCCCAAUGAUCAAUUGAAGGAACUAUCCAAAGACCAAGACAAUGCAGAAGAUUGGGUCAAACAAAAUGUCAGCAAACAUGUUCAUGACGGAGGGGUCAACAUCAGAUAUGUAUCUGUUGGAAAUGAGCCAUUCUUGAAAAGUUACAAUGGGUCAUUUGUAGGAAUCACAUUUCCAGCAAUGGAAAAUGUUCAAAAGGCUAUUGAUAAGGCUGGUUUAGGAGACAAAAUAAAGGUGACUACGGCUUUAAAUGCUGAUGUUUACGAGUCUAAUUCAAACAAGCCCUCAGAUGGUAAUUUCCGCAAGGACAUUUAUGGUGUCAUGAAACAAAUAGUGAAGUUUCUUGAUGAAAAGAAGUCACCAUUUCUUGUUAACAUAUAUCCAUUCCUUAGUCUAUAUCAAAAUGAAGAUUUUCCAGAGGAUUAUGCAUUCUUUGAAGGUCAUGGUAAAAGCACUGAUGACAAAAAUGCACAUUACACAAACAUGUUUGAUGCUAACUUAGAUACCCUUGUUUGGUCAUUAAAAAAGAUUGGUCAUCCUAAUGUGUCAAUAUGCGUAGGUGAAAUUGGAUGGCCAACUGAUGGUGACAAAAAUGCAAAUGAUAAAAAUGCAAACAGGUUCUACCAAGGGUUCCUUAAGAAAAUGGCAAGCAAGAAAGGGACUCCACUUCACCCUGGACCCGUGAACACUUAUUUAUUUUCUCUUUUUGAUGAGAACAUGAAGAGUGUUGCACCUGGUGACUUUGAGCGUCAUUGGGGUAUUUUUCGUUAUGAUGGGAAGCCUAAGUUCCCUAUUGAUUUUUCUGGCAAAGGAGAAGAUAAAAUGCCAAUAGGAGCAAAAGGGGUUCGUUACCAAGAGCACAAAUGGUGUGUCCUUAAAAAUAAUGCCAACAAGAGUGCGUUGGGUGGAUCUUUAAGUUAUGCUUGUGCAGGUGGUGAUUGCACAAGCUUAUGUCCUGGUUGUUCUUGUGGAAAUUUGGAUGCAUCUGGUAAUGCUUCAUAUGCUUUCAAUCAAUACUUUCAAAUAAACGAUCAAAGUGUUGAGGCAUGUGAUUUCGAGGGGUUGGCCACCAUUGUAUCAAAGGACCCAUCAAAAGGAGAUUGUUAUUUCCCUAUAGCUAUCAUCAGUAGUGGAAACAUUCUCAGAGUAAUGCAAAAUGUGGUAGGCAUUUUAAUUGGAUUCACAUUGAUUUUCACAACUUUUAUGUAAAAACUUUUCGGCCAGUGAACAAAGGAUUAGUGAUGAUAGCUAGAUAAGGAUAGUUAGUUCAUUUGUUGUAAAUUUAAAUUUAUACUAGUUUG